AUUACAGUAUMACUUAAUACAUGUAUAUAGUUAAAAUGUAUUGUAUUAUUUUAUAUCAUCGAUUAUAUGAUAUUAUAUGGUUGCUAGGAGACCAUUUUUACUAGCCUAUACAACGAAAUGGUCAGAAAGUAAAUCAUGAUAGUGAAGUAAAAUAAAGCGUACCGAUAAUUUAAAAUGCAAGAUCCUAAAAUCAAGCCAAAGAAGAUGAUAAACAUUGAAGCUGACUGCAUUAAAGCGGUGAACACUUAUAUGCAAGUUAAAGCUGAGUCAAAAAAUUUUAUCAAGAAAUUUCCAGAGUGGGAUACAUUACCGAAAACGCUUGACAACGAACUAAUAAUAGCUAUUCGAGAGCGAGACUCCGCAAAAACCCGCCUGAAAAUCAAGCGAAAAGAAAAAAAAGCGUUUGACAGGGAGAUGGAGGAAAAGUGGAAAGAUCUUGAGCAGAAACUUAAAGAACUGCGAGAAGAUGAGUUAAGACACGAACAGUUUUCUUUGGAAAACGAAUUGAAAUGCGAAAUACUCACGAGGAAGACAAACGAAGACGACGAAGAAACAAAACGCUAUGAACAGCAAACCGUACCGAUGCAGCAGUCAAUAUUAAAGCUUGAAGAAGCUGCCGAAGGGAUGCAACAUAGCGUGGAUGAGUUGAAGCCAUUUGAAGAUUUUCUCGAAAAAGUAGUGGAGGAGUCGAAAGAGUUUAGAAACAUAGAUGAAGUUAUAAAGAGAUAUGAAAACUUGACCAAUAUACGGAAGGAGUUGGCGCAAAAACACGAAAAGAAGACUGCGGAUUUGAAACGAUUGACAAUGGACAUUUUUAGACGUUCAAAGGAAACAAGCGAAGAGGCUGAACACGUGUCUGUCGAAAUGGCUGAUGUCGUGGAAUCGUUGGGAAAACUAAAAGACGAGAUGAUCAAGACCGACYUGGCUUAUCGCAAGAUUGAAAACGUGGCCAAAGAAAAGAAAAUCGAGGGUGAUUUGGUGGCCGCAUCUGUGUGGAAUAUCUACAAGCAAAUGUGUCGGCGUGUAAAAAAAUCUGUGCCCAACAAAAUACCGGACAUACAAACUCAAUUGGCAUUCAUUGCCGAAGAAUACCAACAGUUGACCAAAGUAUUGAACAUGGCUGAGAAAAUCAAAGAAAAAACCAACAAAAGGGAGAUUCAGAGAAACUGAUAUAUUUGCGAUUAAUAAAUGAUGUAUUAUGUAAAUGUUAUACAGCAAAUGAUGAAUAUUAUUUAUUAAAUAUUUUAUACUCUACGAUUGGUAUGGUCUAACAGCAGGCUGGUUACAACACAAAUGCGCAAUUUUUCUUUUUUUGACCCGACUAAUUAUACCACGAUUGCUCAAAAAAUGUGUAAUAUGAUUGCGCCCCGAUCCUUUUUAACCUGUUAAAAUCACAUCACCAUUGCGCACCAAAUGAUAUGUGUAUAU